UAAUAAAACGAUACACUGUUUGGAACCUCUUCGUCUCUUUCGCUCCGCCUUUGACACAGCUCAGCGAUGGCGUUAGCAGCCUCCUACAUCUUCCACUGCCCUAAGCUUCGGCUUUCUCAGCAGAAGUUUCAUUCCAAAUGCCCCGUUUUGCAGUUACAUUCGUCGUCAAUCAGAUUUAGAGAAAUAACACGAGAGAGAAGGAUGGUUAUUUGCUCAGCAGCUUCUGCAGCAGGAAGUUCAAGUCCAGACAGUGACUUCAAUCCGUAUGAGGUUCUGGGCGUAAACCCAAUUGAGGGAUUUGAUAUGGUCAAAGCAGCAUAUACUAAAAAACGCAAGGAAGCUGAGAGGAACGGUGAUGAAGCAGCUGCAGCCAGACUGGAGAAAGCUUAUGACAAAGUGAUGAUGGCACAAUUCACCAACCGGAAGAAGGGUCUUACUUUUGGCUCAGUGAAGGUUUCUAAGGACAUCAAGUAUGCUGACAACCAGCCAAUUGUUCCAUGGGGGCCAAGGUUUUCAAAAUCUAGCCCCAGAGAUAUGCAAAUUAAUAUGGCAAUAUCUGCUGUAUUUACUGCUUGGGCCCUUCUCAGUGGCGGUGCUGAAUAUAAACCUCUGCAGUUCUUGGCAUUUGCUUUUGUUUAUCGGAUUUUUGAAAAGCUGAAAGCUUCUGAACCAGCUGUAUCACCCUCAUUUACGGAAGAUGGUGAAGAUUCAGGACGAGGUAUACGGAUGGGAAAGCGGAUACUACGAUCUCUUGCUCUAGUGUUUGGAUGUAUUGCUGUUUCCUCUUUGGCAUAUACUGGUAUCUUGAAUUUCAUCGAGUUCGUGGGCAGCUAUAUCCCAGUUGUUCUCUACAAUAGUCAGGAACUAUUGAUCACCAGUUCAUCAGCUAUCAUGCUUUACUUCAUGGCAUCUUACUACAGAUGAUGUUAUUCAGCAUGAACCAUUCAAUCUUGCAGCCAGCUUGCAGUGAAAUCGGUUUUGAUAUAUUGUUGAUUUGGUAAUCUUGUUUUGUAAAAUUAGGCACAGUACUGAGGUCGUUAUCAUCAAAAUGUAACGCUAUGUGCGAUGCGAUAAUAUAUACGUUAGCUAUCGUAUAUAAAGAGGUCGCUUAACUUUUUUGUACUGAUAUAAACAUUCUCAUGGGGAUGGAGUAUAUGGUUUUUGUGGGUC